CAGAACAGCAGAAUCUCUAGCUAGCCAAAGAAGCUAAGCAUAGCAAUGGCACUCCGACGAGCACUAGGAUGGUCAGAAGGGGAGGUAAUGCGCCCAGAGUCUAAGCCUUGCUCCCGGUUGAUGCGACAGACUGCUGGUGUCUUCUCUGUUGGCGGUAGCCUUGCUUUCUGGGUGCUCUGCCGCCUUCACUAUGGUCCAAGGAUAACGGUUCCAAGGAGUCUCAGGUGGGCAUCGUGCGGAGCAAUCUCUGUGAGCUCGGCGUCGGCAUUGCUCGUGCGGCUCUUCAGCCCAGAGUGUGAGCCACAGAAUAUAGCAGCUUAUGACAAACAUGGACCCAUGACUGGAUAGUAU